ACUUGGUUUGGAGGCUAUAUUAUUUUCCAUCAUCAAAACCCAAAACCCGAACGUCGAAGACUAUUAAUAUAUCAGUUAUAUACCGCAAUUUCAGGCCACACAAACAAAUUCUGAUUGGUCUGCCUCUGCUAUGAAUGCGGAAGCAGAAAAUGAUGGGCGAGCAGGGCGAUCACAGCCUCCAAACAACCCAUUGUUUAACAUGAGAGAGAGACUGUUUCACGCCUUGUUUUACCGAGUAGCCUUGACCUAUGCACGGGCCUUCCCUAAGCCAGUCCGUAGGAUCCUAGAAUUUGCAAUUUUACUGAAGGCUCUGCUGGUGCUGGGGAUACUAGCUUACAUACAUAUCGUUUUUGCACGUACCCCAAUCAAUUGCCUGACCAAUGUCCAGAGCACUUGGCCUAGGACUGGAAUACUCCGGGUGGAAAUUGUCCACAACGCCUCAGAGAACUACAGCAUCAUCAACUCCUAUGAAAAAGAAUACUCCGACUUCACCCUCCAUUUCUUUAAUGAAGAUGGAGAGACGGGCGCGGAAGAGGACAUGAAAUCAACAGAAAGCUCCGAGACAGAAGAAGAGGAACAUAUCGGUGAAGACGAAACAGAGGGAAAUGUAGGGAAUCCUGACAGUGGAUUGGAGAAAGAUACGAAGGUACCACAAGAUGAAAAAUUGGCAGGGGUCAAGGAGGAUCAGAUCAGGCUUAACAGAACUGCUCAGACACCUGAGGAAAUCUCCAAUCUUUCUAUUGCCAGCUCUGGUGCAUCAAGGGCUGGGAACCAGGAAAACAUGUUUACAGAUGAUAAGAUAGCUGUGGAGGGGAAUACCUCAUAUGCCCCACCAGAGAACCAGCAAACUUUCGAAACACAAACAUACCACAUGUCGGAGAUUGAGAUGUUGGCUAAAGUGGUAUGGCCAGAGGAAAAGUACAUCGUGGAGUAUGCCUUGGAAUAUGGGUUUUUGAGACUGUCCCCCAAAACCAGACAGAGAUUGAACAUCACUGUCAUGUUGGUGACAUUGGACCCAGACAAAGAGAGUUGUUUUGGCGACAGCAUUAGUCGCUUCCUGUUGGCCGAGUUUCUGGGAUAUGAUGACAUCUUAAUGUCGAGCAUCAAACAGCUGGCCGAGAAAGAGGACAACAAAGGCUACCUGAGGAAUGUGGUAACUGGAGAACACUACCGCUUUGUCAGCAUGUGGAUGGCCAGGAGCUCAUACCUGGCGGCGGCCUUCAUCAUGUUUGUUUUCACUGUUUGUGUGUCCACUUUACUGAGAUAUUCACAUCAUCAGAUUUUCAUCUUUAUUGUGGACCUGCUACAGAUGUUGGAGAUGAAUGUUACGAUAGCCUUUCCUGCUGCUCCACUUUUGACAGUUAUUCUAGCCCUUGUUGGGAUGGAAGCCAUUAUGACCGAGUUCUUCAAUGACACAACGACAGCCUUUUACAUUAUUCUGAUUGUGUGGAUUGCUGACCAGUAUGAUGCUAUCUGUUGCCAUACAAACAUCAGUAAACGACACUGGCUCAGGUUUUUCUACCUGUACCAUUUCGCAUUUUAUGCCUACCACUACAGAUUUAAUGGUCAGUACAGUGGUUUAGCUCUGUUUACAUCCUGGCUCUUUAUACAGCAUUCCAUGUUGUAUUUUUUCCACCAUUACGAGCUGCCAGCCAUUCUGCAACAAGAGAGAAUUCAGCAGAUUGUCACCAACCAACAAAAUAACCAGGAAACGCAGACAGGCAUCAGAAACAAUGCGCAACCAGAUGCUAACCAUAACACAGAACAAGCAACGGGCAACACAGAAACAAACCCAGCAACGGGCAACACAGAACAAACAACGGUCAACGCAACACAAGAUCCAGCAAUGGACAACACAACACAAGAUCCAGCAAUGGGCAACACAGCACAAGAACCACCAACGGUCAACGCUGCACAAGACUCAGCAACAGGCAACACUGAACUAGCAACAGGCAACACAGGACAAGGUUCAGCAAUGGUCAACCCACCACAAGGCUCUGGGACAGACAAUGUUGUGCAAGGAGAAGAGGCAAGCAACCUAGUACCAUCUACCGCAGGCAACCAAUACACAGCUAGUGCAGACAAUAAACAAGAUGACACAAACUCGAUUACCCAGCUAACUAACCGCCAGUUAGUAAACACAUGCCACCUAGAGGCAAACAAGGCAGAUAAUACAGCACACAGUCCAAAUACUCAACAGACAGAUAGUACUACACCAAAUUCUGUUGGAAAACCAGAUAAAACUGGUUCUCAGUCUGGGAGUGACUUAGAUAAUCCAGCAAAUCUUGUGACACAGAAAGGCAUGAAUAGUCUAAGUGAUUCAAAAAUUUGUGCUCCCGAGCAGAGGGACUCCAAACAUCUGUCUUUAGGGAAAGACUCUGAUAAAGAGAUUUCUGGUGCUCAUAGAAAGCAUGUUUCAUCGGAUGUAAAUCCAUCAGAUAAUGCGCAUCCAGCUGGUGCUUUAAAUACUGUUAUAAACUCACUUUCAAAUAGUGGAGGACUUCUAGAUGAUGAAUCGUUAGAUAACGUUCAAGACACCAGAGUGAAAUCGGAUUCCGUGGAGGAUAGGUGAUAUAUUUCAGUUUCAGGUCCAAAGUGCAAUGAUAUUAUCGUUAAAUGAUACCCAGAUCUUUCGCUUUUAUUAUAAAUUCCUUUAUGUUGUGAGUCAAAAUGCAAGUGUGUGGAUAUGGAAUUAUUCUUUGAUGGAAAUAAAAUAAUGUAGACUUUGA